GCCCUUGCGGCCUCCCCUUCGAGUCCAUGUACAAAACUCAGUUUGUUUAUAUUUCACACCUGAUUACACAUUCUUUCUUCUCCAUCUACUUUUAUAGCUCCCAAAUAUGAACAGAAACAAGUACAGUUCACUUAAGCUAUGGCAGUAGUAAAGAGCAAUCAACAUCCUCGGAUUUUCAGACUUUUGAUUUCUAAACAUGGCAUCCUAUCCUUUCUACUACUUUUUCUCCGUGGUUUACCAUUCGUCACUGCUCAAUUCAGCUCAGCGCCUCCUGAUCCUCAAUCAGAGGGCCAGUUUUAUUCACCGGGGCCCUCGUUCAACCCGACAAUGGCUACUGUCAUGGUGGUAUUGAUCGGUGUAUUCUUUUUACUGGGUUUCUCCUCCGUCUAUAUUCGUCACUGUUGCGGGCGGCGUUCAUCCUUUAACGACGGUGGGCCUCAUGCCGUAUUUCUCGGUGGAACCAACUAUCGCUCCCGCAGAGUUGCACGUGGACUCGAUGCAUCCGUUAUCAACAGAUUCCCCACCUUCCCCUACUCCGCUGUUAAAGAGCUUAAAAUCGGCAAGGGCUCCUUAGAAUGCGCUGUUUGUUUAAACGAGUUUGAAGAUGACGAAACGCUGCGUUUAUUACCCAAGUGUAGCCACGUGUUCCAUUCUGAUUGUAUAGAUGCUUGGCUAGCUUCGCACAACACGUGUCCCGUUUGCCGCGCAAAUUUGGUCCCUCAACCUGGUGAAACUGUGUUGAACGUUAUUCAAGUAUGUGAUGCAGGUAAUGGUUCAGGUGAACCAGAACGGAGCUCCGAUGAUCAUGAAGAAAUUUCUAGGGUCGAGCAUAGAACAGAUGUAGAAAAUCUAGAGGCGAAUUUGACCAAUCAGAAUCGGCCGCCACGUAGAUCGAAAUCAACAGGGUGGAGACUGGCCGGUUUAUUUCCACGAUCACACUCGACCGGUCACUCGUUGGUUCAACCAGGCGAAAAUUGUGAAAGGUUUACACUAAGAUUGCCGGAGGAGGUACGAAAUGAGUUGAUGAACUCGCAUCUAACAAGAAGCAAGAGUUGCGUGGUGUUUCCUAGAGAGAGGAGUACAAGAAAGGGCUUCAGGAGUGGAAGUGGAGGGAUUGGGCGGUUUAGCAACGAACGGUUCGACCGGCUCAUACGGUCUAGCCACUGGGAUUUUAAAACGGCUCCACCUUUUAUUUCCCGAACCCGAUCCCUUCGGACCCCAAAUGUAUGUGAUGAGGUGACAUGUAUCCCGCCGAAAAAUCUGUUAAAAUUCGCUAAAUCAUCGUCUGUUCGCUUGCAUGAUGGAAGCAAUAAUAAUGGUGAACGAACAUAUGAAAGACUCCGAUACGAAGACCAAGUUUAACCUAAAAGGUUCGUUGGGUUUGAAAUUUUUUUGAGUUUGAUCCAUUCAAAUUUACAUGUACAUAGAAAUCUAGUUUUUGUUUUUGUUUUUCAAUUUUUGGAAACAACGUAUGAAUUUAUGAAAUUUUUUUUUUAA